UUAUAACUCACUUGACGCGCACCCAUACUCUUCAACGACGAUAUCUCUCUCACUCCUGUCUAUAUCGAAUCUACCGUUGCUCAGACAUGCGGUAGCACCUUUCUUUCCUCUCCCGCUACUACCAUAACCCCAUCUUCAACCAAUACAACCACCGACAUCCUCUUCAAUAUGGCGCAAGUCAUCUCAAAUUCGGGUCACGAUGACAUGAUCCACGAUGCAGUUCUGGACUACUAUGGCAGGCGGCUGGCAACUUGUUCCAGCGACAAGACCAUUAAAAUCUUCGAGAUUGAGGGUGAUACACAUCGUUUAACAGAAACAUUGAAAGGCCACGAAGGGGCAGUUUGGUGUGUAUCUUGGGCGCACCCCAAGUUUGGUACUCUGCUGGCCAGCUCCUCCUAUGACGGCCGGGUACAUAUCUACCGCGAAACUCCUGCUGCGGGAAAUGUCACCAGUGGCGGCCCUCAAGCCUCCCAGUCUCAUUGGUCUCUUGUCUUCACCUUUACUCUUCACACCGCUUCGGUCAAUAUGGUUGCCUGGGCACCACCCGAACUCGGCUGUCUGCUCGCAUGCGCCUCCUCUGACGGCAACGUCAGUGUCCUCGAGUUCCGCGACAAUCAAUGGGCUCAUCAGAUCUUCCCUGCACAUGGUAUGGGCGUCAAUGCUGUCAGCUGGUCUCCCAUUGGGGUUCCAGGUGCAAUUGCGAGAAAGGACGGCGGUGCCAACACCGGAGUCCCCGUCAGAAGAUUUGUGACGGGCGGGUCUGACAACAACGUCAAAAUCUGGGAGUUCAAUACCCAGUCACAACAGUACGACAAUACUCUCGUUCUGCCUGGUGGACAUUCGGAUUGGGUUAGAGACGUUGCUUGGUCACCCACACUGUUGUCCAAGACAUAUAUCGCUUCGGCAUCGCAAGAUCGAUCGGUCAAGAUCUGGACCAGCGUCAAUCCCGCAGACCCCAGCAGUUGGACGCUGGCCAAGACGCUGGAGAUGGAUGCUGUACUUUGGCGUGUCAGCUGGAGCCUGAGUGGCAAUAUUCUGGCGGUCAGUGGUGGAGACAACAAGGUCACACUGUGGAAGGAAGACCUCAAAGGAAACUGGGAGUUGGUCAGAGAGGUCACUGAGUAGUGCUCGGGCCGGAAAAAUGACAAGGUGCAUGUAAGAUGUGCGGCCCAAGGAGAUAGCAUUGAGACGCAUACUGGGAAUGCUGUCCAUGAGUCUAAUCUCAAGGAAGGACCUGGCAAGAAUUUAAUCGAGCUAUGAGAUGUGAGCACACAUGACGUCGCUGGGUGGUUAAGGAGACGAUCGGAGGCCAGCAUCGAAAGAUAGGUUGUUGCUGCCAUUGUAGCAUGCUCGGGCUCUGAUCCAAUGCUAAGGAGGAUUGUCAUGUCGCCAGUCACGAAAGAACAAAUGAAAAAUGGAGUAUUUUAUAGCAAUGUGCAUUUUGAAGGAGUAGCAGAAUUGCUUCAGAAGGAGACGGUCAAGUUGUCGACAGAAUAAAAAGUUCGAUUCGAAGGACAUGCAAGUGUACUGAAUUCAGAUUGACUCUUGACUCUUG